UAAACUAUCCAUCUAACUGCUAUUUCAAACGACAUUAUUUUAUUGUCUUAAAAAAACAUGUUAAAUUUGGUCUUUAUAUCGAUUAUUUUGGGUUUCAUGUCAACGGUGCUGUGUAAUCCAUUGCCACAAUUUCAGAUAGACGGUGGUCAAAAUCAAAGGCAAGAAGAACAAAAAUAUGCAAUUGACCGCUUUACUAAUAGAUUGGUGAGAAAUUCUAGAAUUCGCGAAAAUUAUCUCAAUUGCUUUUUAGAUAAUGGACCGUGCAGUCCGGAAGCUAAUACUAUUAAACCAGGUAUGAUUCCCGAAGCUAUUAAAAACGAAUGCGAACUUUGCACUGAAAUACAAAGCAAAGUGAUCGAAAAAAUGAUGUGUUUCCUGAAUAAUCAUCAACCGGAAAUAUUAAAACAAGUAGCUGCCAAAUUCGAUCCAAAUGGAGAAUAUAUGAAGCAAUUUAUUAACAAAUUAGAGAGGAAUGGAAAUGAUCAGUUUUUGACUUCAGGUCUACACCAGAAUCAACUACAGCAAAAUUUAAAUCAACCACAUCUACAUCAACAUCAACCACAACAAAAUCCAAACCAACCACAUCAACAUGAACACCAACCACAACAAACCACAACAAAAUCCAAACCAACCACAGCAACAUCAACACCAACCACAAAAAAAUCCAAACCAACCACAUCAGCAUCAACACCAACCACAACAAAAUCCAAACCAACCACAGCAACAUCAACAUCAAACACAACAAAAUUCAAACCAAAUACAGCAACAUCAACAUCAACAUAA